CGAUGUCAACUGUCGGUGUUUCAGGGUGGCGUUGGGUGGCUCAUUUCUUCAGAGGGGAAAACAGUGUUAUAAUUCAAGAUGCAGUUCAUGCUUCUGUUCAGUCGACAAGGAAAGCUCAGGCUUCAGAAGUGGUACGUGCCUUUGUCUGAUAAGGAGAAAAAGAAAAUCACCAGAGAGUUGGUGCAGACAGUCCUGGCUCGGAAACCCAAGAUGUGCAGUUUUCUGGAGUGGAGAGACCUGAAGAUCGUGUAUAAGAGAUAUGCCAGCUUGUACUUCUGCUGUGCCAUAGAGGACCAGGACAACGAGCUCAUCACACUGGAGAUCAUCCAUCGAUAUGUGGAGCUGCUGGAUAAAUACUUUGGCAGUGUUUGUGAGCUGGACAUUAUUUUCAACUUUGAGAAGGCUUACUUCAUUCUGGAUGAAUUCCUGUUGGGAGGGGAAGCUCAGGAGACGUCCAAAAAGAAUGUACUGAAAGCUAUCGAGCAGGCAGACCUACUGCAGGAGGAAGCAGAGACCCCUCGCAGCGUACUGGAGGAAAUUGGACUGACAUAAACAUUGUCCUCAUCAACAUCCACUCGCCACACACUCCAUCAUGUGCCAGCUACUCUGCUGUAUGUAGCUGAUAACCACUCACAUUCAUCUCAGAGCACUCACACACACACACACACACGCACACACACACACAACAUGGUUUUCCCGUGCAUCGAUGUUCUACAAUUCAUUUUUUGUACUGUUUUGAAAGACAAUGUAGCACUGUUUGUGUAUUUCCUGCUGAGUUAUUUAUUUGUUCUGUGUGAUGACAAACAGAAAUGCAGCAUAAUUAAGCUUUAUGCUGCUUUCCUGUCUCACUCAGAUGCUGUACUGAGUGGAUUUCUGCUUGAUUUUGAUUUGACCAAAGCUAAUAUAUUCUGUGAAGCAAAGUUCUGAAUUUCAAAUAUGUAAAUCAAACCUAGAGAAUAGGCUAUAUUAUAUUAUAAAGGGAAGUCAAAAGUAUUACAUUAACAGAACCAAAGAGUUGUUUCAUCUCAUAUUUGUUUCUUCAACACUGUAUUGUGGUUACACUGAACUUCUUUGUCAUUUAUUAUAGAUUCACUGUACUUAUAUUGUAUUGCACCACUGCAGUCUAACUUGACUGUGCAGUGGCUUAAAAAAGAAAAUAUCUCUUUUUUUAAAAAAAUGAGUAUUCUCUCAGUUUACAGGCCGUUUUCACUCCUAUAGUCUGACUGUUUGGUCUAUUGGUUUCUAAUGGCAGAUCCCACUCAAUGUCGAAUGCCUUAAUCACUGAUUGAUGUCCAUAUCUGAAAAGAGAGACUAUAUAUUAAUAUUGCAUAAGAGAAGCACUUGCAUGCCACUGCGAUGUAGCAGGUAAAUACACUGAUCUGAUUUUAUUCAUGUGCAAGAACUGUGUUCUUCUGUUUACUACUGUGAUUCUCUUUUACUUAUUUUAUGGAAACAUUUCACUGAACAAAAGUUGCAACAAAAACUGAUGUCACACACAGUAAAUACUAAUUAUUGUAGAAGCUGAAUUAUUCCAUUUUUGGGCACAAGGUUGCAGGAGAACAGGUGGUAGACAUUUUCAUCCUGUCACAAUCAUGUUGUAGACUUCAGGGGGGACACAGGGAAGCAUCCCCCUUGUCAAAUAAAGACAUUAAAGAAGUAGAAGACUUUUAUUUUGAAAAAACUGCUGUACAAUUACUGUUAGAUGCAGACAGAGUCUUUUUUUUACUCUCAGACAAGGAAUUAUGAGCUCAUACAACCACUAAAUGAAUUGUUAAAAACAAAAUUAGAAUUAUAUAUAUAUAUAUUCCAUUAUGUUUUGAAUUAACUGGUGCCUAAAUAUUGUGUUUCCUGAACAUAAAUAAAGAUAUUUCCACUAUAAAUUAAGGCCAAAAUUAAACCAACUGGUGCAUAACAAUGUGUUAAUGUGCCCCAGCCUCCAUAUACAAAUGAAAGCUGUGCCCAUGAUAUAAGUGUCUUCGUCUCUUGUAGCUCUGCUCUCAUCUCCUAAUUAAAUCCUGAGAAAAAUACCUGAAUUUUUACCACCGAUAGUUUUAUUUUCUUCCCCAGCUAGUCACUGAGGCCUUGUCCACACGUACAUGGAUAUUUCUUUCAAAAUGUACACUUUUUUCCCCCUGUUUUUGUGUAUGUUUUGGCCUUUUGUCCACAUGGAAAAGCAGAUUUAGAUCACUGAAAACAGACCUCUUGAAAAACUCCUGAAGCCUGACAGAAACUCUGUUGGCAGUGUUUACUUGUAUCCAGGGACUUCUGGACUUCUGACACAGAGUUUGUGCAACUUUGUUUACACGAUUAUGGGAUUGUGUGUCACGGUGGAGGUGGGCAAAUUAUUGCUGGUGCUAGCCUUGCUAACUUUUUACAUGUUUACACGUAAAUGUACUGUUAUUCUACCACUACACUGAAGAACAGAGGCGUCUGAAUCAGUCUACACAUACGAUGCACUGUUGCUGGUGGUAGCCUACCAAAACCACUAGUAGCUUUUUUCAGGCUUCUGAUUGGCUUUAGGUUUACAGGUAUAGCACCACUUUUUGGUUGUUGAUACCCUUGACAUCACUUCAAAUUGUGUUUUUUUGCGUUGUCAUGUAGAGAGAUUUUUGUAAUGCAUACGAGUGGACUCGGCCUAAAUUUGCCACAAUGCUUAGUAGUAUAUGGAGUAGGAAUACUGAUUAGGAGUAAUCAAGGAGACUGACAGCUGACAUUUGAAAACAAUGUAGAUUUGCCGUAAAGUGAAACAACUGGUGUCAAAAUGUUUAAAUUACACAAACUAGUUGAAAUGUGUCUAAUUGUUAUGUUUUAAAUAUGUUUAAACAAAAGAGAACUUUUUUAAUAUUCACCUUUCAGUGUUGACAGUAGAUGUUAGAUGGGAACAGGACCCAAUAGUGACACCGAAAAUUGAAAAAAUGCCCAAUAUCAGACUGAUAAUUGACUAUCAGAGCUUGUUUGCUGCUGCUGGAACAGUGAGAGUGGCAACUACACAGUAAAUUUACAGCAGUUCAAUCAAAACUAAAAGCUAAAGAAUUAAUCACAGUUUCCUUCUUUUCCUAUACUCUGUAAUAAACAGUAUUAAGGAGCAAACCUGCCCUAAUCAUACAGAACAAUGACCAUCUGUGCAUUGGGAAUUCCCCACCUUUUUGCACUGUUUACAGAUGUUUUCCUUUUUUAACCUCCUGGGGGCCCAUAAAGACUCUGCUGUAGUGACAUCUCCCUCACUGCCACGUUGUUUCACCUGUUACAACUCAACCACUUUGUCCAACAUUAAUUCACUACAACACAGACACCAUCUUAUCAUAGUUCCACCCGACUACAACCUGAGCAGAGGCCAUGGAGGAUCAAUUGAAAACUACUUUGUCAAAGCCGUUUCACUGUCCAUCCUACACUGCUAGUUAUUUAGUAUAAAUCACACAGAGUCUCUGGCCUGUGAAGCCACACAUACAGCCGCCCUCAAAUUUAUUCAUUCCCUCCCAUUAAAGAAGGAAAAAAACAGCUGUCACUGAAAUCAGUCAAAAUAAUAAUAAUUUUUUUUUGAUGCAAAUCAUAGCAUUGCUUUUAAACUGUGGUCCAAUAUAAAUAUUAAAAAACAAAAACAAAAGCCAAGCAAACAAGCAUGAUGGGACCGG